AUGAAUUAUAUUAUAUAUACUACAUUAAAUGCUUUUAAAGAAUCAUGGCCAGAUAUAGAUACGUCUGUGUGGGAUAUCUUAGCUGGAAGAAUUCGUGAAUUGCUUUUAUGUUCAGAAUGUCAUGAACUUAUUUUCACAAAUCCGCAACAAAAAAAUAUUACUAUUCUUACAGAUAGAUAUAUGAUUCAUAGUGUUUGUCUUGAAUGUCCUGCUACUAAAGUCAAAGAAAGGAAUGAUAUUUCUCAGAUAAAAGCUUCACAGGAUACUAAACCCUUGAAUCAUAAUUCUGAUAUGAUUAAAGCACUUAUUAUAAAAGAACAAGAAGCCUUGCCAUUAAGGCACUUCGCAGAACCUACUAUUUCUUAUCUGAAAAAUAGCACUUUACAUAAUAACUCACAAAAUGACUCAGGAUUACGUUCUCGAAGAAACCACCUGCCCCUUAAAAUCAGUUCCAUUGAGAAUGAUUUAAUAUCUGAUCCUGAUAUCAAACAGCAAACUCAAGACAUUACUAAUUUGCAGGAUAUGUGUUCUAUUAAAGAUAUUUCUUUCGAGAAAGCUCUAUUGGGGGAUAGAGAGAUUGGAUGGAGAAUACAAGAAAAAGAAUUAUCCACAAGUUCGCAUCCUAUCUCUAAUAAUCCUGUCUUAUCAGAACAAAAUGCUAAAAUAAAAGCACUUCAAAUAGAUAUACAGCCUUUGAUACAAGAAUUGCUUAUAGAACCUUUAGAAGAAGAUUGUGUUAAGGUUGUUAAUGUGGAGGAGAGUACUGCUAUUGAUCAAUCGUUUGCAAUCAAAUUAGCCUAUCUAUAUGAAAAAAUGAAACUUACUGAAAUUAGGACUAUACAAGCCAAACAAGAUGAAAUCAUGAGCUGGUAUUGCUAUAGAAGGUAUUUUGAAAAAAGACAUAAUGAGAUUUUGCCUGAAAUCCUAAAGAAAGGAUUUAUUACGAAUAAAAAAACCUAUGAACUUGCGAGUGGGCAGAUUUAUGAUGAAAUGCUACAGCAUCUUUCAGGAGUCUCUCGUGUAAACUUGCGCAAAAAAAUUCAACUAACUAAGCCCAUAUAUAUAUUAUUUAACGAUAUGAUUGGAGAAAAUAAGAUAAUGUGA